UAUGACUGUAAAGUUGCAGAUAACCGAAGACCGAAAAAACGUUUUCUCAGUAGAUCUUCCAGACGAUGAGGGAUCAGAAUUAUCUAGGACGAUGAGAGAUCAUCUUCGGUCUUUAGUUCAAGAAAGAGAUUUUUACGUGGACGAAAUGAAGAAUUUGACGACAACUGUUGACGAAUUGUGCCAAGCACAAGUUGAAAUUCAGAGACAACCCAAAGCCGCUCCCAGUCCUGAAAGGCAAAAUAGCCAAGCUUUAGAACUUGCCGAAAAUAAGGCCAAGUUAAGAAAAGUUAGACAAGAAUUGGAAGAAAGAACGGAGCAAAUACACGAAUAUGUUGAAGAAUUAGAUAUACUACAAAAGGACUUAAAUAAAAUCAAGCAAGAAAAUAGAAUACUAAUUCAAGAUGCAAGGUCAGCAAGAACUUAUCGAGACGAAUUGGAUGUUUGGAAGGAAAAAGCUCAAAGAUUUGAAAAGUACGAAGCGGAAAAUGAGAAAUUAAGAAACAAACUUAACGAAUUUGAAUAUUUUAAGACAAGAGUAGAAGAAUUAAGAGAAGAUAAUAGAAUUUUAGACGAAACCCGAACGAUGUUGGAGGAAAAAUUGGACGGUAGUUCAAAGAGAGUUGAAAGAGUAAUGGAAUUAGAAAAUGAUUUGAUCAAGUACAAAGAAAAAUUUGAUAUGAUCUGUAAGGUGAGAGCUAUUUGA